UCGACACAAGGUACCCAUCUUUAGGGGCCCAAGUUCGCUAGGUGUACUAGAUUGUCAGCAGCUGGACACCGUGAGACGGACCUGACCAAAUGUGUUGUGACGCAGGAUACGCCUCAACUGUUUCUAGUGGACCAUAAAAUUAUUGGACUACAAAUUCCGUGGACCGCCCAGUGAGUGAGAGACGGGCAUCACGUGACAUCAGACGGCCAACAUGACGCAACCUGUCACAUGAUGAAUACAACUCUUCUUGUUUUACAGGGCCAACAUAAACCUGUCACAUGAUGAAUACAACUCUUCUUGUUUCACAGGGCCAACAUGACGCAACCUGUCACAUGAUGAAUACAACUCUUCUUGUUUCACAGGGCCAACAUGACGCAACCUGUCACAUGAUGAAUACAACUCUUCUUGUUUCACAGGGCCAACAUGACGCAACCUGUCACAUGAUGAAUACAACUCUUCUUGUUUCACAGGGCCAACAUGACGCAACCUGUCACAUGAUGAAUACAACUCUUCUUGUUUCACAGGGCCAACAUGACGCAACCUGUCACAUGAUGAAUACAACUCUUCUUGUUUCACAGGGCCAACAUGACGCAACCUGUCACAUGACCUGACUUGACUCUCCACACAAGAGAGGUGCUUAAUGGCCAACACCAGAGACAUUACAGAUAACAGCACGAGCUUUAUGGCCAACAGCACCGACCUGAUGGCCAACAGCACCGACCUGAUGGCCAACAGCACGGAGCUUAUGGCCAACAAGAUGGCCAACUAUGUCUUUGAACGCUACACCCCCACAGGCCUGUUGGAGGUGUUCACCCCUGCUGGCCAGAUGGUCGAGAAGUGCCUCAUGCCACUCUUCUACUUCAUCGGAUACAUCGGCAACCCACUGUCUGCUUAUAUCUGGCUCAGCCAGCGCAUGCGCAGAAACAACUCCUCCGCCAUCUACCUGGGCGCCCUGUCCAUCUCGGACUUGAUGUUCCUGAUGCUCCACCUGCUCUACUACCUCCACACUGUGUGGGGCUACGGGAUAUACAACGGUCCGGUCACGUGUGAGCUCUUUAUGGUCCUCUUUUACGCACCCCAGUACCUGUCCUCCCUGUUGGUGCUCGGCUUCACCGCGGAGCGCUACAUCGCCGUCUGCCAUCCCUUCAUGAAGGAAAAGUGGUGCACCGUCUGGCGAGCUGUCGUGAUCGUCCUGUGCCUAGCGGUCUUCAGCUUGUGCGUGGCAUCCGUUCAAGGCUACAUCUGGACGUACAACCUGAAUACAAGCGCGUGCUACUUGCGGGAGGAGGCGCACGACGGCAACUUCUGGAGCGUGUGGGGCUGGUGCACGGAGAUCCCGUUCUUCGUGCUCCUCCCGCUGCUGGUGCUGCUCCUGAACAUGCUGGUGCUGAGGGAGAUCUACAAGAUCUCUCGCAACGAUCUGGUCAAUCGCCAGCAGACUCGCGGGGGCGGGGGCAGCACGGCCUCAACGGUCACGCUCCUGGCCGUCUCAUUCUUCUUCAUCGUCACCCAGCUCAGCGCCACCGUGGCCAACAACCUGCAGCCCCUGUUUCCAACAGGCGACCACAACAUGACGGACGACCAGAUCCGUCAAGACUCCACCUGGAUGAGCUUGUUCCGCUACUUGGAAGUGAAGAGGGUGGUGGAUGCGUUGUGUCUGUCCCACUACGCCUGCUACUUCCUCAUUUACUGCUGCACGGGCAAGCACUUCCGGAAAGAGAUUUAUUUUUUACUGACGCUCCACGGGAGGCUGGCCAACAUGGUGUCGAGGAGGAGAGGCAGGGAGCAGUACUCCAUGGUGUCCACCAACGGCGGUCAGUUGUCCGAGACAUUCACCACCAACUUCUCUACCACAAUGUGAGCUCUGCUGGCCUCAAUGACAUGUAUCAUUGUCAUCAGGAAGACACUACAAAUGUCAAUACGCACACGUGUCACCGUGGAUGUCAUCAGGAUGACACCACAAAUGUUAAUACGCACACGUGUCACCGUGGAUGUCAUCAGGAUGACACCACAAAUGUCAAUACGCACACGUGUCACCGUGGAUGUCAUCAGGAUGACACCACAAAUGUCAAUACGCACACGUGUCACCGUGGAUGUCAUCAGCAUGACACCACAAAUGUCAAUACGCACACGUGUCACUGUGGAUGUCAGCCGGAUGACACCACAAAUGUCAAUACGCACACGUGUCACUGGGGAUGUCAUCAGCAUGACACCACAAAUGUCAAUACGCACACGUGUCACUGGGGAUGUCAUCAGCAUGACACCACAAAUGUCAAUACGCACACGUGUCAUCGUGGAUGUCAUCAGGAUGACACCACAAAUGUCAAUACGCACACGUGUCACUGGGGAUGUCAUCAGCAUGACACCACAAAUGUCAAUACGCACACGUGUCACUGGGGAUGUCAUCAGCAUGACACCACAAAUGUCAAUACGCACACGUGUCAUCGUGGAUGUCAUCAGGAUGACACCACAAAUGUCAAUACGCACACGUGUCACCGUGGAUGUCAUCAGGAUGACAUGGCUGACACUGACAGUCCCAGGGACCGUUAUAUUGGACCCGUAUGUUGUCAGGCUGUUGAUGUGACUAGUGUGACGUCUAAUCUGUGAUAGCCGAACUCUGGGUAUCUACCACAUUUGUCUGGCAGUUCUAGCAGUCUGAUUCUCCUCGUUUGUCAGGGGGUUCCAGCCCAACUUGAGGCGGAUGGUGUGUUGGGUCCAGCUGUAUGCUGCAGGCCACCAUAUUUAAACAUAUGUGGGGGUCAAACGAUGCAUUAAAACAAACUGAGAAUAGCCGACCAAGUUAGAAAUACUUUGUAAAUACAUACGCAUUUUUAUUAUUUAUUAAAAUGUCAUCAUAAGUGUUUUCAAAAAAAUUAUUAUUAGUGAUUUUACAAUAAUUAUCAUGAGUGAUUUUAAAAUAUUAAUCAUGAGUGAUUUUAAAAUAUUAAUCAUGAGUGAUUUGAAAAUAUUAAUCAUGAGUGAUUUGAACCGGUGAGACAUACAAACUCCGCGAUAGCCCUAACAGCUUAGACAAGAAGCUUGUGUGUCGUUAGAGUGGGAUACUCGACUGCGCAUGCGCUCUCUCACCAAUCGUGUCUUGCCUCAUUGCGCAUGGGUAAACAAGGGCUGGGAGUGAUUCGAAUUCCAGCGACGAGACGCUGGUUUCCUGUGGACGCCAGUAUCUUGUGAUGGAUCGAUUUUAUCAGUUUCUCAUCACGAAGCUAGACCUAACCACCCCACUUCCACGAAGCUAGACCUAACCACCCCACUUCCACGAGGCUAUUCCCAACCACCCCACUUUCACGAAGCUAGUCCUAACCACCCCACUCUCACGAAGCUAGUCCUAACCACCCCACUCUCACGAAGCUAGUCCUAACCACCCCACUUUCACGAAGCUAGUCCUAACCACCCCACUCUCACGAAGCUAGUCCUAACCACCCCACUCUCACGAAGCUAGUCCUAACCACCCCACUCUCACGAAGCUAGUCCUAACCACCCCACUUUCACGAAGCUAGUCCUAACCACCCCACUCUCACGAAGCUAGUCCUAACCACCCCACUCUCACGAAGCUAGUCCUAACCACCCCACUCUCACGAAGCUAGUCCUAACCACCCCACUCUCACGAAGCUAGUCCUAACCACCCCACUCUCACGAAGCUAGUCCUAACCACCCCACUUCCACGAAGCUAGACCUAACCACCCCUUUCUCACGAAGCUAGACUUAACCACCCCACUUCCACGAAGCUAGACCUAACCACCCCUUUCUCACGAAGCUAGACUUAACCACCCCACUUCCACGAAGCUAGACCUAACCACCCCACUCUCACGAAGCUAGUCCUAACCACCCCACUUCCACGAAGCUAGACCUAACCACCCCUUUCUCACGAAGCUAGACUUAACCACCCCACUUCCACGAAGCUAGACCUAACCACCCCUUUCUCACGAAGCUAGACUUAACCACCCCACUUCCACGAGGCUAGACCUAACCACCCACUUCCACGAGGCUAGUCCUAACCACCCCUUUCUCACGAAGCUAGUCCUAACCACCCCACUCUCACGAAGCUAGUCCUAACCACCCCACUUCCACGAAGUUAGUCCUAACCACCCCACUUCCACGAAGCUAGUCCUAACCACCCCACUUCCACGAGGCUAGUCCUAACCACCCCACUUCCACGAAGCUAGUCCUAACCACCCCACUCUCACGAAGCUAGUCCUAACCACCCCACUCACGAAGCUAGUCCUAACCACCCCACUUUCACGAAGCUAGUCCUAACCACCCCACUUACACGAAGCUAGUCCUAACCACCCCACUUUCACGAAGCUAGUCCUAACCACCCCACUCUCACGAAGCUAGUCCUAACCACCCCACUUCCACGAAGCUAGUCCUAACCACCCCACUCUCACGAAGCUAGUCCUAACCACCCCACUUCCACGAAGCUUCCGGUGCUAUACAUGACCUAUCACACAGAUGCUAUACAUGACCUAUCAGACCGGUGCUAUACAUGACCUAGAUCACACCGGUGCUAUACAUGACCUAUCACACCGGUGCUAUACAUGACCUAUCACACCGGUGCUAUACAUGACCUAUCACACCGCUGCUAUACAUGACCUAUCAGACCGGUGCUAUACAUGACCUAGAUCACACCGGUGCUAUACAUGACCUAUCACACCGGUGCUAUACAUGACCUAUCACACCGGUGCUAUACAUGACCUAUCACACCGGUGCUAUAAAUGACCUAUCACACCGGUGCUAUACAUGACCUAUCAGACCGGUGCUAUACAUGACCUAGAUCCCACCGGUGCUAUACAUGACCUAUCACACCGGUGCUAUACAUGACCUAUCACACCGGUGCUAUACAUGACCUAUCACACCGGUGCUAUACAUGACCUAUCACACCGGUGCUAUACAUGACCUAUCACACCGGUGCUAUACAUGACCUAUCACACCGCUGCUAUACAUGACCUAUCACACCGGUGCUAUACAUGACCUAGAUCACACCGGUGCUAUACAUGACCUAUCACACCGGUGCUAUACAUGACCUAUCACACCGGUGCUAUACAUGACUUACGCCGAUGCUAUACAUGACCUAUCACACCGGUGCUAUACAUGACCUAUCACACCGGUGCUAUACAUGACCUAUCACACCGGUGCUAUACAUGACUUACGCCGAUGCUAUACAUGACCUAUCACACCGGUGCUAUACAUGACCUAUCACACCGGUGCUAUACAUGACCUAUCACACCGAUGCUAUACAUGACUUACGCCGAUGCUAUACAUGACUUAACUGCAAUCGGUGCUACUUUGAUGUUAACUUUGUUUAUAAUUAAUGCAUUUAUUAAAAUUAUUGACUUCU